GGGUAAAGGGUUAAUUAGUAAUAAAUAAUAUAGUUAAUAAUAGGUUAACAGUAAUAGGUUAGCAGUAAUAGGUUAGCAGCAAUAAGUUAUUAACUUAAUAUUGUUACGCGUAGGUAGGUAGUCUAGUUAACCCUGAAAAAACGCAGAGGAUAUAGUGGACCUACAUUAACUGGAUUAACCAAUCAGAAUAUCCAAAUAUAUCUAUUAUUUUAAUAUAAUUAAUGUUAGUUGCAGUGCGGUACUUCAGGGGCCCAUGGGCAGACCCACAAUGUGUCUGCCUGUUAACCGCUACCCCUCCAAUUCCCCCUCCGCUCCCGGACGCUGUAAUUUCAGCACAUGAACAUGAACUCGGCGCCCCACUGAUCAAAUCACGUCGUCCUGUUUAUUACCCUCGACCGUGGCUCAGUCGCCCACUUUCGGCGUGGCUGGAGCACAUGCGGUCGAGCCCCGCAAGUGGAAGGAGGCGGGGACGCCGGGCUUGGCUUCCCGUUCCCGCUUAUUCUUACAUCUCCCUAGGUUCCGUUGUUUCGUCAUCGUCCGAGAUGCUCGGCAGAUCGAGCAGACAAACAGACGCGAGGCCGAGCUCGUUUGUUGAGACAAUCGCCGGACUUGUGGCCCAGUUCACCGCAACAGAGGCACUUGAUCGGCUUGUUCUUUGCGACCUUCUUGGAUUCGGGGUUUUGAAAACAUUUCGAUGCCUUGUGGCCCAGUUCACCGUAACAGAGGCACUUGAUCGGCUUGUUCUUUGCGACCUUCUUGGAUUCGGGGGUUUGAAAACAUUCCGAUGCCUUGUGGCCCUUUUUCAUGCAGUGGGCGCACACGUUGCAGGAUUCGCCCGUGUGACAUUCCCAGCAAAUAGAACAGAUCUUCUUGCCCAAGCAGCGUGGCUCUUGCGAAUGUCGCUUCAGUCGAUCCUAUGGAAACAACAUCCGGCAGUUAGACAGAUGUGAGCAAUGUUCCAGAAACGAUUAGUUGGGAUCGCGGCUUGAUCCAGCAGCCUACUGACAUUUGAGCUCCGCAUUCUUUAAGAAAGGACCCAGGUUUAGCAUUUUAUUUUUGUGGUAAUGCAAACUCUGGUCUCUCAAAAGCAAGAGCAUGCCAUCGAAUGCGUGGUCGAUCAACCACUGCGCCUCGGAGGUCGCAUACCUAGUCAGUCUGGGCAAUG